AUGCAUUUGCAGCCUGACGGAGCCAUAACGUUUGUGCACAAUCGUGAGAGAUUACCAAGGCCAUCGCUCCCUGGCCCUUGCACUGACUCUGGUUGCCUAUUUACAAUGAUCCAAAGGCUGUGUUUGCUGCUAACGAUAACGGCGUGGGCGGGAUGGGCGGCAGGGCAGUCCCCCUACUGCAGCUUCACGCCCGAGCACACGCUGUGCGGCGCGUCUGGCCUCGGCCCCACCUGCGGGUCCCAGGUGCCGGGGCGAGGCGUGAGUGCCCAGGACGCCGCCCUUAUCGUGGCGCAACACAACCAGCUGCGGUCCCGGGUGGCCAUGGGGCAGGAGGGCCGUGGAGCGCCCGGGCCGCAGCCGCAGGCAGCCAACAUGAGGCUGAUGGAAUGGGACGACGAGCUGGCUUUGGUUGCUCAGGGUCAUGCCGACCAAUGUAUCUUGGAGCAUGAGUGUUCGGACUGCCGUCGUGUCCGGAGAUUUGGUGUUGGGCAGAACCUUCAUAUAAGCUUGCAGAGCAACUUCGACAACAGUAUCGAGUGGGAGGAUGCCAUCCAGGCCUGGUAUGAUGAGGUCGGUGAUUUCAACUCGUCAGACGUUGAACCUUUUCGUAUACUAUAUAUUAACCACAUAGUGGAAUGCGAAAUGUGA